AUGAAUCUUCUCCCUAAAAGCCAUAAGGAAUUUAGCGAAAAGGAUUACUGGAAUAAAUUUUUCAAAAAGCGCGGAAAUAAAGCAUUUGAAUGGUAUGGGGAAUACUUAGAGCUAUGUGCUCAUCUACACAAGUAUAUAAAACAAGUAGAUACAAUACUUAUACCUGGUUGUGGUAACUCUAGUCUCAGCGCAGAUCUUUACGAUGUAGGUUACAGAAAUAUUACUAAUAUUGACGUAUCAGAAGUCGUAAUUAAGCAGAUGAACGCUGUAAAUGUACACAGGACAAAUAUGAAAUUUAUUUUUAUGGAUGCUCUAAACACGACAUUUGAAAACGAUGAAUUUAAUGUUGUACUUGAUAAGGGAACUCUAGAUGCCCUAAUGCCAGACGACUUAGAAGAAACAAAUAUAAGGAUUAAUAAAUAUUUUGCAGAAAUUAAGAGGAUAUUGAAAAUGGGUGGUCGUUUCAUAUGUAUAUCAUUGUUACAAAGUCACAUUUUAAACAAGUUAUUGUCAUUUUUCUGUGAUAAAUUAUGGAUGUUUCGAAUUGUAAGAUGUCAUGAGGCAGAAGAAAAAAAUGCUGAGAAUGGUGAUGGGUCAACUCUACCUGUAUUUGUUGUUGUGGCAACCAAAUUUAAAGAGAUGCCAAAAUUAAUAUUAGAGGUGUGUAUGGCAGGAGAUAAAAUGCAAAGAUUGGAAUCUGUUGAAGACAUAAAAGCUUGUAUUAAGUCUGUACAAGACACAGCUUUCAUUACUAAUGGUUUGGCUAGAACUUCUUUAGAUGGUGAAGAUGAAGUUACAUUAGACCUAAUGCAGCCGGGGGAAGACAUCCCUCGAUACACACUCUACAUAGUGGAUCAAAAGAGGUCCCAAGCCAUCAAUAAAUAUGCAGUAUUCAUAGUGCCACAAGGAAGGGAAUCAGAGUGGUUAUUCGGCACGCCGGCGGGUAGACGGCAGUUGCAAGAUUCCGCGCGUUUCGGAAGAUUGGUUGUGGCGGUAUUACGAAGGGGGCAUCUUUUUCAGAGCUUAGACGCUGUGAAAGAAGAGCUGGCACACUCUGCCAAGAUGCUGGUGCCAAAUGGCUUUAGUGGACAAAUACCGUUUCUGUCACUUGGCAGCGACGUGGGUCGUCGUGUCAAAGUGCACGAGGGCUCCUCAAAGGUGUCCGGAGACUUUGUGGUGGAGGAUGUGGAUGUCGAGGGGUCUACGUACAGACGGCUGGUGUUCUUGGAGAACCAGUUCUUAGUACAGUCUGAAGCUAAGUUGAAAACUGUGAAAAGAAAGAAUAAAACUAAAUUAGUCGUGGACUUUGGUCACAUAUCGCUGUACCAUUCCUUCAUGUGCGUGGGGAUACCAGUGAAUAGCACAAACGUGGCAGUUCUUGGCUUGGGCGGGGGCAGUCUCUGCAUGUUUCUGAAGAAAUGCUACGGAAACUUGAAGGUGACGGCCGUAGACCUUGACCCAGCUAUGUUGGAAGUGGCCAAAAACCACUUUGAACUGGAGGUGGACGAUCGGUUGGAAGUACAGAUUAUAGAUGGUCUGGAUUUCUUAAAGGAUGGAGCAGCUAAUGGUAAGCAGUAUGAUGCGGUGAUGUUCGAUAUGGACAGCAAGGACCGGACGCUGGGCCUGUCCUGCCCGCCCGCGCCCUUCCUGCACGACGAAGUACUGCGGGACGUCGACACACUGCUCACUAAUGAUGGCCAUUUCAUCCUGAAUUUAGUCUGCCGAGACACAAGUCUGCAAGAAACAAUCAUGGAGACCCUCAAACGACAUUUUAAACAUUUAGCUACAGUUAAACUGUAUGAAGAAGUGAAUGAAAUCGUGUUCGCAACAAAUAGUAAAAAUUAUACUUUAGAAAAUUUAGAAGCAACCGCCAGACAUUUAAAUGUUACUGCUAGACAGAGGAAUCUAGUCAAUUUGAAAUGUGUCGACCUGAAAGACUUUUUACAAUCUGUUAACAUUAUAUCA